CUACAUCCCCCAUGGGACCAGGAGGCAAAUUCCUGUGGGUCCCAGGAGUGCCAAAAGCGCUCGGCGAGACGGGAAAUUGCAACAGUGCUGCCCCUCGGCCCUCCCCACAUCCCCCCCACCCCGUCGCCUUCCCGUAACUCCCGCCCCUGGACACUUGCCCCGCAGCUGAUUCAUAGCCCGGGCGCGGGGCCGCCUCCACAGGCCGGGACAGACGUCCGCACCCGCGCCCCUGCGAGGCCCAAGAGCGGCCGGGCUCCGGAGCAGUCGCCAGGCGGACAAUCAGGCCAAUGGCUUUCUCUGCGGUCCUUCAUCCAGCCUUCCUCUUGGUAGUGCUGCCCCUGAAGGCAUCCCUAAGUGAAGUCUUGGGCGAGCCUUUCCAGUUGAUUCCUGAGAUUCUUACUGUUUCUAUUCAGUCUAAACUUCAGCAAGUGAAUUUACAGUGGACUGUUCCAAACCUUACUCAUCAAGAAUUAAAAAUGGGAUUUCAGAUAGAGAUUAGUAGAAUGAAUGCAUCCAACAUCAUCUGGGUGGAGGAUUACAGCACCACUGUGAAGCGGAACCAAGUUCUGCAUUGGAACUGGAAGUCUGAAAUCCCCUUGGAAUGUGUAACACAUUUCAUAAGAAUCAGGGCUAUGGUAGACGAUGCCAAUUACCCUCCACAGAAUUCUUGGAGCAACUGGAGUUCCUGGAAAGAAGUCAGUGUACAAGUUUCAGUUGCACCUAAUACAUUAUUAAUAUUUCCUAAAAGCAAGCUGUUGGAAGAAGGCUCCAAUGUCACCAUCUGUUUGCUGUAUGGACAGUAUCUAUAUAAUGUAUCCUGUAUGUUGCAAAAAGAGCCAAUCCAUGGAGAACAACUUGAUUCACAUGUAUCAUUAAUAAAGUUGAAUAAUGUUGUUUUCCAUAGCCACUCAGGGACAAACAUCUAUUGUCAAGCCAUGAAUGCCACUAAAACGCCAUUUGGUACUGUUCUCUUUGUCUCAAAGGUACUUGAGGAACCCAAGAAUUUUUCUUGUGAAACCCAAGACUUUAAGACUUUGAAAUGUUCGUGGGAACCCGGGGUAGAUACUGCUUUGACCUGGUCUCAACAAGAUUCUCAAAACUACACUUUAUAUGAAUCGUUCUCUGGAAGAAGUGAGCUUUCUGACCACAGAAAUUCACAUAACUGGAAAAUCACUGAAGAAUCACAGGAAACAUAUAACUUCACACUCACAACUGAAAACAACCUAAGGAAAAGAAGUGUCAACAUCAUUUUUAACUUGACUCAUAGAGUUCAUCUAAAGGCUCCCCAUGAUGUCACCCUGGAAACUGUAGAUGCUAAAAAAGCCAACAUGACCUGGAAGAUGCACUCCCGUGGAGACAACUACAUACUAUUGUGUCAAGUUGAACUCCAGCAUGAAACAGAAGUGAUACAUGAGUGCAACGUUUCUGUCCACAUGAGUGCGAGCUACCUCUUCAGUGAUCUGGAGCCGGACACAGAGUACAAGGCUCGUGUGCGCUGUGCGGAUGCCAACCAUUUCUGGAAAUGGAGUGACUGGGCUCAAAAGGCGUUCAGCACACCUGAGGCGGCUCCCUCACAGGCUCUUGAUGUGUGGAGACAAGUGCGGUCAGAGAAUGGAAGUCAUGUUGUGACCUUAUUCUGGAAGCCACUAUUAAAAUCACAGGCCAAUGGCAAAAUCGUAUCCUAUAAUAUAGUUGUAGAAAACCAAGACCGACCAUCUGAGGCAGAACACUACUCUGUCCAGGCACCAGCCCUUGGCACACAGCUGAGCCUUGACAUGUGUUCUUACAAGAUUCACAUCACAGCCAACAACAGCAUGGGUGUGUCGCCUGAGUCAGUGAUGGCCCUCUCUAAUGAUUCAGGACAUGCCAGCUACAGAGUGAACAAAGUGGAAGCGAUCUCACAUCUGAAACCAAGACUGACAUUAAUGUCCCUCUUGACUGAGCUGCAGAAAAAUCCUGGCAUAGUAAAUCCCCAGUCACCUGCUAUGAAAAGGUACACAUGUGGACAAAAGGCAAACGGAGUUGACAUGCUGAGGUCACACACCUUGCAACAAUGCUAUCCUUCAGUUCUUGCUGCUAAAGAAGAGGUCCAUGAAAAAAGAAUUAAAGGUACAAAGGAUGGAUUCCAUAUUUCUUGGGAGCCUUUAUCUGGAGAUGCUUUAGGCUAUGUUGUGGACUGGUGUGCACAUUCCCGGGACCAACACUGUGAUUUGAAAUGGAAGAACCUAGGUCCCAAUACCACAAGCACCAACAUCACCUCAGAUGCUUUUAAACCAGGGGUUCGGUACAACUUCAGAAUUUUUGAAAAAUCUGUGCAACAGAAUGCUCAGUUACUAGAGAAACAAACGGGAUACACACAGGAACUGGCUCCUCUGGAGAACCCGAAAGUGAUCAUUAAUAACUUUACCUCCAACUCCUUCAUCCUGAGCUGGCCGGGUUAUGACAGCGACUUCCAGUCUGCUUUUAUAGAAGGGUACCGUGUGUACUUGAAAUCCAAGGAGAUGCAGUGCCACCCAAAAGGGAAAAGGACGAGUCUUUCAGAUAAUUCAGUGCUCUGUGAAUAUGAAAUCAAAGACCCCGAGCAAAAGUCAUUCACUGUGGAAAACCUUCAACCAGAAUCCCUCUAUGAGUUUCUCGUCACUCCGUACACCAGUGCUGGCCAAGGCCCCAAUGAAACAUUCACAAAGGUCACGACUCCAGAUGAGAACUCCCACAUGCUGCUGAAGAUCAUAUUACCCAUGACUCUCUGUGUCUUGCUCAUCGUCAUUGCGUGCUACUGGAAAAGCCAGUGGGUGAAGGAAAAAUGCUAUCCUGACAUUCCAAAUCCAUACAAGAGCAGCAUCCUGUCACUGAUAAAAUCCAAGAAGAACCCCCACUUAAUAAUGAAUGUCAAAGACUGCAUUCCAGAUGUCCUUGAAGUUAUAAACAAGGUAGAAGGCCCCAAGACACAGUGCAUAGUCUCUGGGAAACCACACAAUGAAGAUGUAUCCAUUAAGCCUCCCUCCUCAGUGCCAACAGAAGACGGUUCCUCUGGCCCUGUGCCCUUCAUGUUCUUCGAGAAUUUUACUUAUGAUCAGUCAGCUUUUGAUUCUGGUUCCCAUGGCCUCAAUCCAGGACCCCUAAAAGACACUCCAGGUCAACUUGGACUAUUGACUCCACCUGACAAGUUACUAAAUGUUCUAGAAAAAGACUACAUGAAGUCCCUGGCAGAAAGCCCGACUGAAGAAACUAGCUUGAUUUAUGUGUCUCAGCUGGCUUCACCCAUGUGUGGAGACAAGGAUAGUCUUGUCACAAAUUCACCCAAGCCAGUGCACUGUUCAGGUUACAAAAGACAAAUGGCAGUUCCGGGAAGACUCCCAUCACUUGCUCUGAGUGAGAGUAACAGCCUGACCUCAAUGAUACUCUUGGGUCAAGGUGAACAGUAAAGUUAACCACCACCAACCCAGUUAAUAGGCUACAGGCACUUUUGGGGAUGUGGCUGGUACCAUGCCAUCACCAUGUGCCCUGGUCCUUGACUCCAGCAGCACUAAUUUAUAAAAGAUCAUUACAGGCUGACAGAAUAAAGACCAGAGCUAUACAACUUGGCAUUUACCCUGAAGGCUUCCUUAGAAAUGGUGCAUGCUGACCUUGCUAGUAUUUGCUCCAAGCUCUUCCUAAAUCAGUACCGGUGACCCUUACACAGGAUACUCAUCAGCGAUUUCACAGACCCUAUCUACUCAAGACUGCACAAAAUGCCUGGGGCUCUAGGAUUUCGGUUUGUAGGGAGAGAACAUCGUCAUGUAAACUUGACCUAAUGUUUACUAUUUUAAGGAUAAAGCAACUGGAUUAAAUGUUUUAAUGCCACAAGAGAUUUAUUACUCCAGUUGUGUACUUAUCACAUUUAAUGGAAAGGUUACAAACUAGAUUUUGGCCUUGCUUUGAAGUGAGAAUAGGUAGUCAUGGAUAAAGUAAAGUAACUUUGUUGGUGCCUACACUGAACCUAACAGGUAAGACAUACAAAUGGGACAGCAAGUCUUCACAGGUCUCCCGCCAUCCAACUUACUGUGGUAAAACAGGAUCGCAAAGAAUUCCAGACUUGGUGUGCAGGUGACAACUGUCUGUUCAGUAGACUCCAGUCUUCCUCCUUAAUUUUUGACUACCUCAGAAUAGGAAAAAGGACAUUUUGUUGAGUGAUUACUUUCACAUUUAAUGUCCCCAACCCAAGGCUGUAUCUAAAUGACCUAUUUUCACAUAUUGACUGGUUCAAGAGAAUUCUGUCUCAUUUACAUUCCUGUUAUGCUAUAUAGCUGCAGUAUUGGGUAUAAUUUAGCUCUAAAUUUAAGAUAUUCUAUGGAGUUAGAAGUUAGUUCAGUGUUGGCCCCAAAUCAUGUCUUGUCAGACAAUACACUUGGUCGUCCCUGUGGCUUCUACAUCAAGAUCCAGACAACUCUAGGAAGAAAAUAUUCAGAAAAAAAUGUCUGUACCAAACUCUCUGUAUAUAGAGUUUUCCUUGUUAUUCCUUAAAUGCAGUAUUAACAACAACCAUAGCACUUACAUGCAUCAGGCAUUAGGCCACGGCACACAAAAAUACCCACUGUAUAAAAACAUAAUUUUUAGAUAAGGCCUGGACUCCCAUGGAGCUUGGUAGCAGCCUAGCUCCUGUAAACAAUCUUAGGAAUGUGUUAUAUGUAAUAGCCAGACACCUACACGUUUUCAAUACAUUAGCUUCUUCCUCUUGAUGCUUGUCACAAUGUAAAAUAAGAUAAAGAGAGGUUCCUUUUGUCUUGUUUGCUGUGAAUAUGGUGGGAAAAAUGACUUUGUGUACAUGCAUGGCAGUUACCAAUACUGUAGCAAUAUCCAUAUGGCAUGUGGCCUCAGAACAUAGCUAACACCAACCGUGAAUGUUCUGUUAAAGCUGUCCAAUCUUUUCUUACCUAUAACCAUGCCUUUUGAUAGAGAAAACGGUUCUGACCUAACCUAGUAUACCAGACAGUAUCCUGAACAGUCUAGAUGGGAGAUGACUUUGGUCAGUACUGCCAAUACCAUGUCUGCUUUUCUGUCAAUGUAUUUCUCACUGGAAAUUUGUACCCAGAAAUGUUAAUGACAUUGAUUGUAAAUGUUUUCUUUCAUUUCCAUUUUGUUUAAAAAAUAAUCCAUAAAACAUUAAUUUUUGCUGUUUCGAUAAAGCCCAAAUUAAAACAUUUCACAAUCAUUUCAACAGAAUGAAAUGAGCCAAUAAAUCACCUCAUAAACUUAACAAAAAUGUAAACUUCUAGGUACCCCUUCAACCUAAAAAGGGUUGCUUCAGCACUCACUCGGAAUCCACACAUUUCAUCAGUCCUGAAGUGAAUCACACACUUCAAGGCGCCUCUUCCCUCUUGUGGUCCCCUUCCUGUCCCUGUUACAGUCCUUACUCCAACAGCAACAGACUAAAUCUAGACGUUAAGAGGAAAGUGAUAUUUUGCUACAUCUGGCUUAUUUCAGUACCAUAAUGAUCUCCAGCUCCAUCCAUUUCCUGCAAAUGUCUUAUACUCUUUAGAACUGAAUAAACCUCAUUUUCUUUAUUCAUCUA